AUGAGCUGCUGCUGCUCCCCUUGCUGCUCCCCUUGCUGCCAGCCAACUUGCUGUCAGACCACCUGUUAUAGGACCACCUGCUGCCAGCCCACCUGCUGUGGCUCCAGCUGCUGCCAGCCUUGCUGCUGCCCCAGUUGCUGCUACACAACCUGCUGCCAGCCAGCUUGCAGUGGCCCCGUCUGCUGCCAGCCUUGCUGUCAGAACAUCUGCUGUGGAAACAGCUGCUGCCAGCCUUGCUGCCAGCCAGUCUGCUGUCAGACCACCUGCUGUAGGACCACCUGCUGCCGCCCCAGCUGCUGCUGCAGCCCUUGCUGUCUUUCCAGCUGCUGCCGCCCUUCCUGUUGCUGCUCCCCUUGCUGCCAGCCAACUUGCUGUCAGACCACCUGUUGUAGGACCACCUGCUGCCAGCCCACCUGCUGUGGCUCCAGCUGCUGCCAGCCUUGCUGCCGUCCAUCCUGCUGUGGCUCCAGCUGCUGCCAGCCUUGCUGCUGCCCCAGUUGCUGCUACACAACCUGCUGCCGGCCAGCUUGCAGUGGCCCCGUGUACUGCACGAGAACCUGCUACCAGCCAACGUGCUGCUGCGUGCCCGGUUGCCUAGCCAAUAGCUGUGGGUCCAGCUGCUGCCACCCUUGCUGCCGUCCAUCCUGUUGUGGAACCAGCUGCUGGCAGCCUUGCUGCCAGCCCAGCUGCUGUGAGUCCAGCUGCUGCCAGCCCACCUGCUGUGGAACCAGCUGCUGCCAGCCUUGCUGCCGCCCAGUCUGCUGUCAGACCACCUGCUGUAGGACCACCUGCUGCCGUCCCAGCUGCUGCUGCAGCCCUUGCUGUCUUUCCAGCUGCUGCCGCCCUUCCUGGUGCUGA